AUGAGCAGGAUAAACCAGUCGAGUGUCUCUGAGUUCAUCCUUCUGGGACUGUCUUGGCAGCCCCAACAGGAACAGCUCCUCUUCGGGCUCUUCCUGAGCAUGUACCUGGUCACAGUCCUGGGAAACCUGCUCAUCAUCCUGGCAAUCAGCACUGACUCCCGCCUGCACACCCCCAUGUACUUCUUCCUCAGCAACCUGUCCUUUGUGGACGUCUGUUUCUCCUCCACCGCUGUCCCCAAGAUGCUGGCCAACCACAUACUUGGGAGUCAAACCAUCUCUUUCUCUGGAUGUUUCACACAACUCUAUUUUCUCAUUGUGUUUGCUUACAUGGAUAAUUUCCUCCUGUCUGUGAUGGCCUACGAUCGCUUUGUUGCUGUGUGUCACCCAUUACACUACACAACAAAGAUGACCCCUCAGCUCUGUGUUCUGCUGAUCUUUUGGUCUUGGGUCACUGCCAAUCUGAAUGCUCUGUUGCAUACCCUGCUGAUGGCUAGACUUUCAUUCUGUGCAGACAACACGAUUCCUCACUUCUUCUGUGAUGUAGUUCCUCUCCGGAAACUUUCCUGCUCUGACACAUACCUCAAUGACAUGAUGAUUCUCUUUGUAGCAGGACUGUUAAUGAUUGCUCCAUUCAUUUGCAUCCUCGUCUCAUACAUCCUUAUUGCUUGUACUGUCCUGAGAAUCCCAUCCACAAAGGGGAAAUGGAAAGCCUUCUCCACCUGUGGCUCCCACCUGGCUGUGGUUUCCCUCUUCUAUGGCACCAUCAUUGCUGUGUAUUUCAACCCUUCAUCCUCCCACUCAGCUGAGACAGACACCCCAGCUACUAUACUGUACACAGUGGUGACCCCCAUGCUGAACCCUUUUAUCUACAGCCUCAGGAACAAGGACUUGAAAAGGGCCCUAAAAAAAGUAAUUGGCAGGAAAAUGUUUUCUACCCAAUGA